GUGGUGCCGGAAGCGGCUGAGUCUCCCGGUGGUGCCUGAGCAGAUCUACCGGACUGCAGUUCAGUGCUGGAAAAGACGAAAGUAAAGACUUGGGUGCUUUACUGCGCCCGGCGUCUCACGCGGCGUCCGCUGAGGAGGCGCUCGGAGAUCUGAAGAGAUUUGCUGCCCGUGGAGCACAGGCCCCCAAGACUGGGUGCUACCUGCUGCAGCAAUGCUUGGGAGAUUGACUCUUCCACAACUGCUUUUUGCUGCUGUCCUUGGAGUUGCUGGAGGAAUGUAUAUUUAUCAGCCAAUAUUUGAACAAUAUUCCAGAGAUCAGAAGGAAUUAAAAGAAAAGGCCAAACUGUUGCAGGAACCAGAAGAAAAGAGGAGCUAAUUCUGCGUGAACUGAAAUUGUAGGCAUUGCUUAGAGUUCUAAUGAAGUCAUACAUGGAGUAUUAAUCUAGCAAAAACUUAGGUGUGUUUUAAGUAAAUAAAUCAUGG